AUCGCUCCCACAUCCACAUCCUGCUUAUCCGCCACCUACCCCCUCGAAUGCGCGACCGCCACGCACGCCGCCCCAUUCCUGCUGCAAUCCUUCCACACCUACAACCUCACCUCUCCACGCGAGCUCUCCGCCCUACUCUCCCUAAUCGCCUACGAAACCGGCGAUUUCAAAUACAACACCAAUCAUUUCCCCGCCCCUGGCCGGCCCGGCCAAGGCACCCGCAACAUGCAGAUGGCGAGCUACAACCUCGCGUACGCGCGCGAUAUUCCCGAACUGGCUCCCGCGCUGCAAGGACUCGGCGUGUCGGCGGGCGCCCAGGCGGAAGAUCUCAGUCCGGAAUUGCAAGAUGCGGUGAGGGGCUUGGUGCUGGAGGACCGGUAUGCGUGGGCGAGCGCGGCGUGGUUUUUGGAUACGUGGUGUAGUGAGGAUGUGAGAGGGGGGUUGAGAGAACAGGGGAGGAGUGGAUGGGAGGCGUAUUUGGUGGGGUGUGUGGGUACGCAGGUUGAUGAUGGGAGGGUGCAGUAUUGGGAGAGGGCGAAUGAGGCGUUGGGG